CCUAUAGCCACUUCGUUGUUUUUAAGUUAUUUUUUGAAGAAAAAAAAAGAAGAAAAAAAAAAAGAACUCUCUUAUGUAAAUGUUUUAAAAAAGAAAAUGUGUUUAUAUUCCGGUGUUUCACGCAUGCGUGUUACACGUGUUUCAAUGAAAACUACAGCUGACGCGAAAAUCACUCGAUCUUUAGCACAUUGCAACACAUAAAAUCUGAAUAAAAUAAGUCUAUGGUUAAUUUAAAAUCUAAAAAUGGCUGCACAGACGUUCCAGCAGGAAUAUAUGCAAAUGCCCCCUGUGACGAGGGCUUACACAACUGCUUGCGUUCUUACAACUUUAGCAGUAGUAAGUUGUUGAAAACUGCUGUCACUGUGACAUCACUGACUGAUACUAGUACUAGUGAUACUGAUAAAAAAAAUACUAUUAUUUUUAAUAAAUAAAUUCAAUUUCAAAUUACUAUUACAAUUCAUUGCAACCGAUAAUCUUAUUCCUAGCUUACUAUUUACAACACCAGGCACAGAAACAUUGCAAAUCCCCUCUACAUGCACAGGAGCCAAAAUCAAAAUGAUCAAUAAAUUUGCCGUGGGCCCUUAAUAUAUAGAAGAAGAUUAUUUAUAUAAUCAUGGACAAAGUAGACUUAAGUGAGCUAAACUUAAAAUCAAUUAAAAAAUAUGGGGGUAGCGGGUAGGCCUAAAUUAAAUUACAACAUUUAAAUUUAAUUUAGGCCUAUAAUUAUCGAAGUGUCUACACGUCCGGCGCGCUGGACAAAUAGUGUGGGAGAAAUACGUCCGGCGAGCAUGUCACGAGACAGCCGGAUCACUAGUAGGCGUUAUUAUUCCAAAGCGAGGAGUUACUAAGAAGAUCAUGUGGUAGUGUGGCCGCUUGAUGAUAUUAUAUUUGUGGAUCGAUUCGCCGCAUCGGAACUCUUUUUUUCCCCCAUAUAAAAAUAUUUUAUAUUAUAUUUAUAUUAUCAUGUCCAUCAGCAACAGUAGUUUUAUGAGAAGUUUUAAAAUAUUUUUAGCAAUUUAAAAAAUUUAAAAUGUUUACUUUACAAUUUAAAAUCUUUUACUUUUAUUGGUUGCCUACUCCAUACUGAAUACUGGCCCCUAAUUAUGUUAUGGGUUGCUGAUACACAAACUCAGAUAACAAACUAAACACAAAUGUUUACAAGCCACUUUCACUUCAGUUUUUUUCUAUCGUUUGCAUGCAAGAUGUACAUUACUUGGUAGAGAAAUAGAUUUUAAAAUUAACAAUAGUCUCCCGCACUAUUUGUCCGGCGACCAAGUCACAUGACCGCUGUAACAAAGUGGUGAGAGAUAUCUUGUCGGUCAGCCUUGUCACGUGAAUGCGAAUGAUUCAAAACUAUUGUUAAUUUUAAAAUCUAUUUCUCUAUUAAGUAAUGUACUGAGUAUCUUGAAUGCAAAUAAUAGAAAAAAACUUAAGUGAAAGUGGCUUGUAAACAUUUUUGUUUAGUUUGUUAUUUGAGUUUGUGUACCAGUAAUCAAAUAAAAUAAAUUAGGGGCCAGUGGAGUAGACAACCAAUAAAAGUAAAAGAUUUCAUUUUAAAUUGUUUCAAUUGCUACAAGAUAUUUUAAAACUUCUCAUGAAACUACUAUUGCUGAUGAACAUGAUACUAUACUAUAAAUAUAGUAUAAAAUAUUUUAAAUUAAAAUGGAAAAAAAAAACAAUCCUAUUCCAGGUAUUGAUCCUCAAAUAAUAAUUACGUCAAGCGACCACUCUGCCACAAGACCACACAAUAUCUGCCUAAUUGCACUUCGUUCAGAAUAAUAACAACUACUAGCCGUCCAGCGGUCACAUGACAUGCCGCCGGACGUAUAUCUCGCGCACUAUUUGUCCGGCGUGCCGGACGUGUAGACACUUCGUAAUUAUAAUACAACAUUUAAUUAUAACAAUGUAGUAUUGUUUUGUUUUUUUUUGCGUGCCACUCAAUUCCCACAACAGUGUCAUGUCAAAAAAAAAUGACGGCAGUGUAAAAAAAAAAAAAAGUGCAAACAUGUCUGCUUAAAAUAAAAUGGGGAGAACAAAGAGAAAAAAUGUGCUGUUAUAGAGGUAGCUACGGCUACUUAUUGACAACUGAGAAAAACGAAUAUAGGAACUAAACGAUAACAUUUAAUGAAAUAAUUUUAGCCGGUACAUUAAAUUCGUGGUGAACAUAGCAGUUUUAUUGUAUUCUUUUCUGGAAGAAGUGCCCUCUUUCAUGGCGUAAUUUCACCCGGUGACUCUGCACAUCAAUUUUAAGUCAAAUUUAGCAGCUUUAUUGUACCCCUCUAGAUAUGCUGCUAGAGUUGUCAACGACCUACGGUUGCCCCCUUUCCUAGUGUAAUUUCAGCUGGUACAUUAAUUUCAUGAUGAAUAUAGCAACUUUAUUGUAUCUUUCUAGAUAUUGAGACAGAGGUGUCAAUGACCUGUGGUUGAUCGCUCCCUUUCCUCAACUAAAACAAGUGUGAAAAGUGUAACAAUGAAGAAAAACAAUAUACAAAAUAUUUUUUAAAUAAUGAAAACCAAACUUACAGUUUCAUAGCAUACUCUAUUACAUACUCUAUUGCGGGUUCCAAAGUUGUCAUAAAAUAUAUAUCUACUCCAUGAUACUGCAAAAAAAUUAGCCUCGUUCUAAAAUUAUAAUUAACCACCCAAUGAAAUAUUAAUGUACAACAUUCCAUUGACAUACUGGUAUUAAAAAUUAAAAGAAAUACACAAAAACUCAAAGUGGUGCACUAUACGCACAUAAGCCAACUAAUUUUGUUCAUGUUAAAAUCAUACUAUUUAGACUAUUAACCUGUCUUUUUGACCGGUAUUUUUUUAUGAUCAAUUUACGCAAUCUGCACCACUUUUUUACUUGAGGAUUGUUUAUAGAGACUUAAUAGGCAGAUGAAAUGUUAUUGAUUUUUUCAUUUGUUUUAAAAAUUAAUAUUUCAUGGUGUGGUUAAUUAUAAUAUUAAAACAUGAGGCUAUUCUUUCCUUGUCUGACCAUCUGAUUAUUUUGAAAAAGGGAUUUUGACUUUGCUGAUAUCUUUUGGAUUUAUAAAGUGUGUAUUCAGUGUAACUGUGAGUUGCAUUUUCAUUAAUUUUAUAGUUUUAAAAAAAUGAUUCUAGUCUUUUUAUUCAAAUUUACUAUUAUAUUAGUACAUUUAUUAACUUUUGUCGUAGCACACAAACACAUAGUCUAGGGUUCAUGUUAGGUCAAAGAUUUUACGUUUGAAGAUUUACACUCAGUUUAGUGGGGAUUAAAUUUAGGGGUAAAUUUGCUCUCAAUUUUAUUGGGGGGGUGGGGGGAGGGGGAAUUAUUUACACUUGAUUUAGGAAUACUGACUUAGUAUUCACAUUACAUAGAGUUGUAGAUUUUAGGUUUGAAAGUUUUUCUAAAAAAAUUAUUUAUAUUUGCAUGUGUUUUGCUAAUUUAAAAAAAAAACUAAUUCAGCUGAAGUAUUCUCAUGAAAUUCCUAUUUUUAUUUCUUUUGAUAAGUAGUUAAAAACAACCCAUUCUCUCCCUUUCCCCUCCUCAUUUUAACAGACAUAUGAUUGCACUACUUUAUUUUACAUAGCCGCCAUCUUUAUUGCCAUGACACAUCAUCCGUCAUAGCAACAAUGAUGGCAGCCUUAAGGAGAAAAAAAUUGGUGUAAAAAUUAUUGGGAAAUUAACCUUUAUUAAUGCUGAUAUCAGAUAUAUAAUAAAGUAUCAUAAUCACAUUGGCCUAGAAUUAGACUUUGCAAAAUCAAUAUUAAUUUUAUUAUAAGAAUAUUUUAAUUGAUUUAAAAUAAUAGGCCUAAUUCAUUUUGUGUAUUUUCCAAACAGCAACUAGACUUGAUCAACCCAUUCCAGAUCUACUUCAAUCCUGAGUUAAUAUUCCAAAAGUAUCAGGUGAGUAAUCUAUUUCAUAUAGCGGUCCUGUUCUUUUUGUAAAUUGUGUUGGGUCUAUCCUUAAAUCUGAAAGCUGAGUGUUGGGGUAAAUUAUUGUAACAAAAGCUCUGGAAUUUUGGUCAAUUUUAGGUAAAUAUUGUUUUAUAGAGCCGUGACAUUAAAGUUAUGAGGCCUGGAGUUUUUUUUUUUAUAUAUAUAUCCAGGAAUUAUUAUUUUAUAAAGAAUGAUACAUAUAUAUAAUGUAGGCCUACUUCUUAUUUGUAAAAUACAGGUAUCUCUAAAGUUGUCAUGGACACUGAUUCUUAACUUUUAUUGAAUCCAAGCUCUUAAAAACUAAGUCCCUUGAUUUCCUUAAUAUCUAAAAUUUAAGAUGAAUAAGAAAAUCAUAUCAUUUUAAUCGUAAACGUAAAUGGUUUUUUUUCCAUUGUUUUGUUUACUGCAUUGAGAAUGUCUCCUGAAAAUUUGGUGACAUUAUCUUUUACAAUUAAAAAAGUUGUGGGUAAAAUAGGGCAGAAAUUUGGAAAGUCUUUUAUAGUUAAAUACAAAGAUAAAAAAAGGGGGGUUUAAAAAAAGAUUCAAAAAAAUAUAUAAAAAAAUAACUCCACUUCUAUAAAAGCUAGAAAAAUGAAAUUGAUGUUUUUAUAAAGCUGAUAGCCGGCCCUUUAAAAUGAUGUAUCAUAAAUGGCAAUCGGAAAACAUUUAAAUUUUAUUUCAAAGUUCCUGCCUAUAUGUUAUUUAUAGUAUAUAACUUACAUAACACAAUAUUUUCAUAUUAAAAAUGUUUUAUUUUCCCUUUCAGCUGUGGAGGCUUGUCACAAGUUUCUUAUAUUUUGGUCCCAUCGGAUUUAACUUUUUGUUUAACAUUAUAUUUGCAUACCGCUAUUGUCGAAUGCUUGAGGAAGGCUCCUUCAGAGGCAGGACUGCAGAUUUUUUCUUCAUGUUUAUUUUUGGCGGAUUUUUUAUGAUUGUAUCCUUGAUUUUAAAAAAAACACAAUUAAACCACUGUGUCUCUUUUAAUACUUCACUCUUUAAAGUUUUGCCCGAAUGUUAAUUUUUAUAUUGAGCUAGAAGGCGUUUGAGUAUAAUCACCUGUUAUUACCUUAACACAUUAUCAGAUUAUAGCUUUGUUUGUAAAUCUAGUUUUUCUAGGGAGUGCAUUUACAAUUAUGCUUGUUUACGUCUGGAGUAGACGAAAUCCAUACAUACGCUUAAACUUUUUUGGGCUCAUGAACUUUCAGGUGAGUCACAUGAUCUGAUCAGUUCUGAUUAGAAACCUGAUAACUUUUGGUUAGAUGGUUUUGUCAUGGCCCCAGGGGGGAGUUUUGAAUGCAUAUUGAAUCUGUUCAAUACAGCCAUAGACUUUCAGCUGUGGAAAAAGUUAAACAUAAUAUCUUAAUACAGAUUAUUAAUAAAUAUAAAAUUUGCCUCAACGACUGCAUUUGGGUUUUCAGGCUCGGUUUAAUGGGCUACAGCUCAAUAUAAUUUAAAAUUGAUACAUUGUGUAACCAAGGUCAUGUGAAAAGAGACAUGACGUUCAUGCCAUGUGGUGUCAGUGUGCCAUAGGUCAGGAUAAGCUUGUGUAAAUGUAACUUGUUGGUGUCAUUCGAAAAUUCAAUAGUUACAGAUGGUCUCUGUUGUUAUGUCAUUUCAGGCACCUUUUCUUCCAUGGGUACUUUUAGGAUUUUCACUGUUGCUGGGCAACUCUGUCAUUAUUGACCUUAUGGGUAAGCAAAACUUGUACUAAAGUGGACUGUAAUCUCUGUCUAGCACUUCGUUGCGUGUCAGUGUUAACAUUUUUAAAGAUCUGAACAGUAGCGUUCUUUAUCGUUUUAAUUUUUUUUAAAGAUCUGAACAAUUGUGUUCUUUAUUUAUCACUCAUUUUUUUCAAUAUUUUUUAGUAUUACACUUAGUAUUGAUGAUUUGAAAGUCUUUCAAGUUUCAAUGGAUAAUGUAUUUGGUUUUGUUAUGCAGGUAUAGCUAUAGGCCAUGUGUAUUUCUUCCUUGAAGAUGUCUUCCCCCAGCAAACACCAGGAGGUUUCAAAGUCCUAAAGACACCAAAUUUCUUGUAAGUUUUUCUAUUACACACUUUACAUCCACACAAUCCCGAAUGGCGUUGACGAGAUUUUUAAGCUUCAUAUUCAAAUGGUGGUGAGAAGAUAAAAAAAAUUAUGAGUGCUCCCCCUUUGAGGAGCAUACACUGUUCAAUGGCCAUUUUGUCAUAAUUGGUAGACAGUUGGUAGUUUAAAUUUUAACAAAUAUUUUGGGUUGGGCUUUGUUCUUCUUAUUUGCCCUUUCAGCUCCAAAUAGUGCUAUUUACAAUUUCAUGGCAAGCUUUACAUUCUCUGUAACUCUUUUCAGUCUUUGUCUUUCUUGACAUCUCUUCUUCAGGAAUUUUUGGGGUCUUCUUGGUCCUCUUGAUUCUUGAGGGUUUCGGUGCCAGUGCUUGUCUUGUUACGUUUGGCAUGGGUUUUCUCAGUGUGAGAUAUCAAUGUCCAAUACCUAAUUUUCCAGAUUUCUUGUUCCACAAGGGUUUAUGCUUUCAUUUUCCUCACUGCUGUGUUUGGUUUUUUUUUAUUUUUGGAACAACUCGAUGUUGAGGAUUUCAUGAAGGCAACUAUUCAAAAAGGUUUGCAGUCUUUUCCAAUCUUUCUUGGUUGAUCUCCAGAUUUCUGAGCCAUUUAGCAGACAAACUUAACAUUUGAGUUAAACAUUCUAGAUUUUGUCUUUCUCCUUUUUUGCCUAGAGUUCCAAGUAUUUUUUAAGUAAUGCAAAAGUUCAUAUUGCCUGCUGUAUUCUUACAUUAAAUCUGCAUCGGAUCCGCUGUCCUGACUAACUAUACUUCCUAGACAGGUAAAAUUAUUUUCUUCAGCUUUGUGGUUACUUAUAUGUGUGUUCUAAAAUGCCCCCACAUUCCGCUGUCCUUCACGUAUGUGUUUUACAUUACAACAAACACAUUUUUUUUCAGGAAAAUGUUGCUCGAUCCAGCCCCGAAUCAGGAAGAUUAUAACCCUUUGCCAGAAGCUGGUGGUGGAUUCAACAGGGGCCUGAACCCACAGCAACCUGAUGCCGGCGAUGACCAAUAAACUUAGAUCAUAUGUGUGUUGAUUUUUCUUUCCAUCACUGCUAUGAGCCAAUGCACUCUUGGCGCCAACAAUGGUGAUUCUCAACAUAAGGGACACAACCGAGCUUACAGAAAGCCGAGGAAAGAUCUGUGAAAAAAAUGUUCAUUUUUAUUUUGUUUUUAUAUAGUAUAACUUAUAACAUAAUCUAAUUAGUGAAUCCUUUGAUCAUUUAUUUUUUAUUUUCUCAGUCUCAUUGAAUAUUAUUGAAUAUGUUUCUAUUUUUAUUGGCUGUGUAUUAUUAAGAAAAUGUGUACAUAGGUUUUUGUUUUUUUAGUUUUCCUGACAUAGAUCAGCCAAAAAAGGUACUGACUAUCUGUGGAUUGGGUUCCGAGAAAUAAAAAAAAACGUGGGGAAGGGUCUGACUGCCCUGAGAACAGCGACUAAGAAGAUUAAGAUUGCUUUUGAAUGGCUUAAAAAAAAAAAGUUGAGGUUUUUAAAUGAUUAGUUUAUUUUAAUUAUUAUUAUUAUUAGUUUAUUAUUGACAUUUAUUUUGAAAUAUCAUCUACAGGGUGAAAGAAGGGUGUGGGCGGGUCGGGUACUUUUCUAACUUGAAGCUUUACUUUAAAGCUGAGAUUAUUUCUGUUUAGUUUCAUGUUAAGGUAAAAUUUCACUAACCUUAUCAUCAUAGAAAAGUUGUUUUAAAAAUUUUUUAGAUUAUUUUUUUUUUUUUAAUCCAUUGUCUUUUGUGGGGGAAGUUAAAAAGCUGUACGUCUGUUAAUAAUAAAUGAGACCCUUAAGGGCAUUUAAAAAAAAAAUUCACAUUAUAAAAUAAUUUAGUUUGAUAUUGUAAUUCUACCUUCAAAUUUUUGUGUGAGGUUGACUAUAAGUUUUCCAAAAAAAAAUUAUCUUUUAAACUAUUUCCUUUUAGCCUCAUCAUUGCCUCAAAGCUGAAAUAAGCUGCCAAUGAAAAUGAGAGACAAACAUGAGAUUAGAGAUUCCUCUAUCGUUCUUCUGUGCAUAGUCUUGUCAGGCUGUCACUGUGGUUAGUAUUUUACUGCUCACAUGUAAAAGCAGACUGCUAAAAUUGAAAUCAAUGCAUUAGUAGAUCUUUGGCUGUGCACUGCGAUUGUAUUUGUAUCUUUGGUGUAAAAUGAGCCCCUGGGGUUUAUAAUUUUGAAAAGUUGUCUUAUUUGCUACAUGACAUCAGAUUUAAAAAACCAAAAAACCAUUUGAUUUCUUCUUCAACCAUUCAGUGUUCAGAUGAAUGACUCAUUUCAGAUGUUAUAUUGGAACUGAAUAAUAAAUUAGAUCAUCUCUUUUAAAAAUUCAACCUGAUGUCAAAGUUUUAUUUAAUUUGUUUAUAUUUUUUCCCGGCUGGUUGGAGUUAGAAAAAAAAAAAAAAUUUGAACAGAUGCAGCUCAGCUUGAGUGAUUUAAAUCCAUUUUGAAAUGUAUUUUUUUUUUGAGCUGAAUUUUACGUAUGGCUAAUAUUACUAAUCUAAUAACUUCAGUUUUCAUUUAAAUCCUCCAACCCCC